AUGGCUUAUCACCAACUCGCGGAGCCAAAACGGGAGCCGGACGUCGAAGAUGAAUUCGACAGCGGACGCUUCACUGAAGUGACUACUAUCCCUGCAGAUAGAUACUCAUCUCCCGCGCCCAGUGAAUUACCUCGGAAGAAACCAUACCUAUCCUCAGGCAAAAAAAUCACCCGCUCCCGGGUCAGUAAAAGCUGUCUUACCUGCCGUCAGCGCAAGGUGAAAUGCGACACCGUUCACCCCAUAUGCGGAACUUGUGAGAAAACGAAGUCCGCAUGCCAUUACAGCUCAUCAUCCCUGACUGACCCUUCCCAGCUGUGGCGCAACACACAAGAUGACAGCCAUGGAAUUAAGCGGCGGAGAGAGCUGAUUGAUCCCGUGAAUCUUGGAGGUGUUUCCGCGACUGAUGUGCUGUCUCCAUUCAGCAUUCUAAGGGAGAUCCAACGGGGCCAAGAUGCCCUGCGCGAACAAUAUUCGGAUUCGCAGCCGAUAGUGGCUAGGUUGGAUCAACUUCUUACGGUUGUUGAGCAGUGGGCUCGAACAAAUGAGCAUCAGUCGCUUGAGGAGCUCAAUAUAUCGAGACAAAAUCAAAAACAUGAUCCAUCGAGCAACGGCGAUGCGAGUCCCAUUCUACUGAAUGCCUCAGAGUCGUCGAAACCUUCCCCAGACGCCUCGCCCCUAUCUGGUCCGUCGUCAAAAGUUCGACUAGGUCAAACAGCCCAAGCUGAAACUAGUGGGAAUGAUGACUUCCCUAUUCCGAGUGGUUUGGAAACAGAUCUCGUAGACCCCGUUGGAUCUUUGAACUUGGGACACCUUAGUCUGGAAGACGGAGGAAAAUCAAGAUAUGUUGGAACCACCUACUGGGCGUAUAUUUCGCGAGAGAUAACGGAACCUGAUCGGUUUCUUCGCCACCAAUCACGACCUCACGGGCGAUCACCCACUCCUAGUGAUGGGUAUUCCUCAGUCGAUGAAGACCAAUUCCAAGAUCCAACCUUGUCAACCAACAGUCAUCAGACGAAGCCAUCGCAUCGUGCCGGCAAUGACUCGUUCCAUAGAUCAGUCCCGUUUCCCACGGGUGACUCAUCUGCAUCGCAGGAUAACUCAAUCGAAUCAUGUAUGCUAGAGAAUGUCCCUACUAGAGCACAAAGCCGCAUCUUAUAUAAAGGCUUUAUGUCUGGGGUGCAUGCGAUUAGCCCCGUGAUGCAUCCUCCUUCAAUUCUCGAGAAAUAUCAUGCGUUCUGGGAUUGGUACGAAAAUAUGGGACAAUCCGGGGAACCAUGCCCUGACCCAUCAUUCAUCCCCCUCUUAUAUGCCAUCUGGUACGGGGGUUCCGUCACAAUAUCUCUGCGGAUAAUCCGCGACGAAUUCGACAUCGAGAGUCGUGCGGCAUUAUCAACCCCUUUUCACGAUGAAGUGACCCGCUGGCUGCGCAAAAUAUCAUUCCCCAGAAAUUCCUCAAUACAUGGUCUCAUGGCAUUCCUUCUUGUGCAAACCAUCUUAUCCAGAGAGGAGGAGCCCCUGGCUAGCAGCCUGUUCAUUAGUCUGGCUCUUCGCGUUGCGCAAUCAAUGGGACUGCACCGUGAUCCGGCGCAGUUUGGUAUUUCGGCCUGCGAAGCUGAGACUCGAAGGCGCGUGUGGUGGCAUAUCGUCCACAUGGAUGGAGUGGUGGCCAUGUCUAGCGGUCUCCCUCCACUCGUCAGUGAUGAAAAUUACUGGGACGUGCGCGAUACAAGCGAGGUGAAAGACACCCUUUUAGGUUCGACUACGGCUGACGAGUAUGAGCGUUUGGUUAAUGCCAACGAACGGAGACCGGACCGACCGAGCGAUCCGAACAUAUGUGAUGGUGCAUCCAUGGUUAACGUAUAUUAUCUUUGUGCAAGAGGGAAAUAUGUGAUGGCUCAGGCAAUUCGAAAGAUCUUAAAGAUACAGCUUGGAACCAAACCAGUUACCCGAAAGGAUAUGGAAGUUUUACAGACGAUCCUCAUUGAACUUCAAUCCAAAUUGUACACAAUAGUUGAUAGGAUUCCCGUAGUGAAAUCCGCGAGACCUUUAAGCUGCGAUGGUCACAGCUACCAAUCGGCUCCGUCAUGCUCAUCGUCAUCUGCAGCUAUAGGGUCGGUCGAAUGUAGUCCAUCGAGCGUUGGCCCCAGUUGUUUAGAGCAAUAUCAUUCGCCUGUAUUAGUUGCUUUUCACAAGUGGGCUAGAAUAUUACUUUCUUUAUUUGUUGACAAGGCAUUCUGUGUUGCGUAUCAGCCAUUUUUAAAAAACGCCAAAAGCAAGAUAUGGCCUGUUGCUCGUCAGCGAGCUCUUCACCAUUGUCAUGGAUUUAUGGAGAAAUUCAUUCUUCUGGCCACCGAUCCGGAUUUCCAACCGUUCCAAUGGAGCUGGCCUGGGAACCAUCAACCAAUGCACGCCACAAUGAUCAUGCUGAUCGACCUCUACGAACGCCCGCAGACUGUAGAAGCUGCCAAAUCCCGUGCCUUUAUCGAUAAAAUAUUCUCUCUCUCCGGUCCUGACGGUGGAGUCGUAGGCGGCGAGGACGGUAUUUCGACGUCUCGACCUCUUAGAGACGGCGGUCGUGAAGCCUGGGACAUGAUGCGACGCCUGCGAGAGAAAGCCUGGUUAAAAGCGGGGCUUGAUCCGAGCGUGCUAUGGACAGAGCAAGCCCAAGCUGAAGCUCAACGCCCAAUCACGAAACGUACAUCUGCUCAACUCCCCAAGGAACGAUUGGGAUCAACGGUUGAAAGCUUCGCGGAUAGCUAUUACACCCUUAUUAAGGAACCGUAUGAUCAUAAUAGCAAUACUAACCAAUCAUCGGAACGGGAACGGGAACGAAUACCGGGCGGGAAAGAAAAUCGACAUAAAACAGGUGCUGUACACGGGGUCCAUCCCUAUUCCCAAUCCCAACACAUCUGCUUCUCCUCCACCGAUCAGCACGCGGUAGCUACGUUUCUGCCAACACAGCAUCAAUGGCCCUAUUCCCCGCCAGCACAUCCCCAAACGAACGGUAUCAACAGUCAAUCAUGGCCAUCUUCCUCACCCUUCUCUUCUGCUUGUAUCAACGACUCAUCUCCAUAUCAGCUGCCUCCGACUAUCAGCAACCAUACUGCUAGCCCACCCGGCCACCCAAGCACCAACACCACCACCAACAAUCCCGCAACCCAGGCCCUGAAUUUUCCCCCUUUCACAUCACCAGAAGUCGCCCCGGUAUCUGACAUUCUCAUUCCUGUCUCCACGCCAUCCGACAUUAACCUUGAUAUCCAACCACGUCAACUUCCCAAUCCCUCCGCACCUACCUCAUCCCCGAGAUUUUCUAACCUCAUCUCUAGCCCGCCGAUGGAACACCACAAUCUCCAAUUCGACUGGGACCAGUGGGAUGCAGUCUUUGGGCCGUCGUUACCUGUUGUCGAUGGCUUUAUGCAUCUUGAUACUGUCAAUGUAGGCGGGGCGGGAACGGGGGAAAAUGUUGGAAUUGGUGGUGGUGGUUGUGGUAGUGGUAAUAAUGAAAAUACUACGAUGGGGGCGGGGUCACGGGUUUUCAUGGAUGAAGAAGGAAAGGUGGAUAUGGAUGAGUCAUGGGGAUUUUGA